AGUAUUUUUUUUCAUUUCACGCUUACUGAUAUACAGAAUAAUUUCACAUUUAUUAAGACCGAAACUGCUCUAAUGUAUGAUGCUGUCUAUUUAUUUGCAAAAGCACUUCACGUCUUAGAUGCAUCUCAACAAAUUGACGUCAAACCACUAUCAUGUGAGUCAACUGUUACGUGGGACCACGGAUAUUCUUUAAUUAAUUACAUGAAAAUCGUUGAAAUGACAGGAUUGUCAGGAAUUAUUAAGUUUGACCACCAGGGAUUUAGGUCAGACUUUGUCCUUGACAUCAUUGAACUAAAUACUAAGCAUGGUAUGAAAAAAAUUGGAACCUGGAACAGUACGAAAGGUGUUAAUUUUACACGUAGCUACGGUGAAGUAUAUACAGAAAUUGUUGAAAGUCUUCAAAAUAAAACCUUCAUCGUUACUACAAUUUUAAGUGCUCCAUAUUGCAUGAGAAAAGAUUCUAGUUUGACGCUUGUUGGAAAUGCUCAGUUUGAAGGAUAUAGCGUGGAUUUGAUUCGAGAUAUAUCCCGUAUUUUAGGAUUUAAUUACACUAUUCAUCUUGUGCAAGAUAAUCGCUAUGGCUCCUUAAACAAAGUGACGAAGGAAUGGGAUGGCAUGAUAAAAGAACUUUUGGAACAAAAAGCUGACUUAGCUAUUGCUGAUUUGACUAUAACAUAUGAUCGAGAACAAGCAGUUGACUUCACUAUGCCAUUCAUGAAUUUAGGAAUAAGCAUACUAUAUAGGAAACCAAUAAAGCAACCGCCAAACCUAUUUUCAUUUCUCAGCCCUCUAAGUUUAGACGUUUGGAUUUAUAUGGCAACAGCAUAUCUUGGAGUUUCUGUACUACUGUUUAUACUAGCCAGGUUUACACCAUAUGAAUGGUAUAAUCCUCAUGUAUGCAACAAGUAUCCGCAAAAUCUGGAGAAUCGAUUUAAACUAUUGAACUGUAUGUGGUUUACUAUUGGAUCCUUAAUGCGUCAGGGUUGCGAUGUUUUACCCAAGUUCAGUCCUUAUGAAUGGGAAAAUCCGCAUCCUUGCAGCAGUAAAACGGAUGUCGUAGGAAACGAUUUCACUCUCCUUAACUCUCUCUGGUUCACCAUAGGCUCUCUUAUGCAGCAAGGUUCUGAUAUAGCACCAAAAGCUAUGUCAACGAGAAUGGUUGCUGGAAUGUGGUGGUUCUUCACAUUAAUAAUGAUAUCAUCUUAUACUGCAAACUUAGCAGCAUUUCUUACAGUUGAAAGGAUGGAUUCUCCAAUUGAAAGUGCAGAUGAUCUUGCAAAGCAAACAAAGAUAAAGUAUGGUGCUGUUCAAGGAGGAAGUACUGCUACAUUUUUCCGAGAUUCCAAUUUUUCAACGUACCAACGAAUGUGGUCCUUUAUGGAUUCAGCAUCUGUAUUUACUACAAGUAAUGUAGAAGGUGUUAACAAAGUUGUGAAAGAAAAGGGAAGUUACGCUUUUUUAAUGGAAUCCACAUCAAUAGAAUACGUAAUUGAGAGAAACUGUGAACUGACGCAAGUUGGGGGAUUGUUGGACUCAAAAGGAUAUGGCAUUGCCAUGCCCCCAAAUUCGCCAUACAGGACUGCUAUAAGUGGUGCAAUAUUAAAGCUUCAGGAAGAAGGAACACUACAUACGUUAAAAACAAGAUGGUGGAAGGAAAGAAGGGGAGGUGGUGCUUGCAAAGAUGACAUUUCAAAGAAUAGCUCAGCUGCUAAUGAACUUGGUUUAGCAAAUGUUGGCGGAGUUUUUGUCGUAUUGAUGGGCGGUAUGGGUGUCGCAUGUGUUAUUGCUGUUGGUGAAUUUGUUUGGAAAAGUAGAAAAGUUGCCGUAGAAGAAAGAAUUAACAAAUCGUAUCAAACGCUCAAUUUUAUUCGCCUCAACGUAAAAGAAACUGCAAAACAGAUUCACGAUGAUGUUGAUGCAGAAUUUAUGAUAACUGCCGAUGUAACAAGACUGAGCUCGAAGGUAACUGAUUUAAUUAAACGUUCAGAAUUUCUCAAGGAUAUUGUAAUAGAGUUUGCACGUUCAGAUCCGUAUAAAGAAAACGCCUACAUACAAACACCAAUUAAUAUAAAAAAUGAGUUAGAAAAAAUUGGACUAUUCUGAAGUGUAAUAUCAUGGCUAAACUACUCAUUAUGAUGACAUAUUUUUUCCAACGCUUAAAAAAUCAAAAUUUUUUUAAAAACAUCCGU